CUGCGCGGCGCCGGCCGGCCCUAGGCUGCACGCAGCAUGCCGGCGCUGCGCCUGCUGUGGUUCGGCUGCCUGUGCAGCCUGUGCCUCGGGUACUUCGAGGGUCCGCUGUACCCCGAGAUGUCCAACGGCACCCUACAUCACUACUUCGUCCCCGACGGGGACUACGAGGAGAACGACGACCCCGAGCGCUGCCAGCUGCUCUUCAGGGUGAGCGAGCAGCGGCGGUGCGGCGCGGCAGCAGCGGGCGAAGGGCUGAGCCUGCGGGAGGAGCUGACGGUACUGGGCCGGCAGGUGGAGGACGCGGGUCGGGUGCUGGAGGGCAUCGGCAAGAGCAUCUCCUACGACCUGGACGGGGAGGAGAGCUACAGCACCUACCUGCGCCGCGAGUCCGCCCAGAUCAGCGACGCCUACUCCAGUUCGGACCGCUCGCUCAGCGAGCUGGAGGGCAAAUUCCGGCAGGGCCAGGAGCAGGGCGGCCGCGAGGAAGCCCGCUUGGGCGACAGCUUCCUGGGGCUGCUGCUGCACGCCCGCGCCCUGCUCCGCGAGACCCGUGCCAUCUCCAGCGGGCUGCGGGACAAGCACGACCUGCUGGCCCUCACCGUGCGCAGCCACGGCGCCCGCCUCAGCCGCCUGAAGAACGACUAUCUGCGGGCCUGAGCUCGCAGCCUGCAGCCCAGGAUGCCCCCCCCCCGGCCGCCCCGAAAACGCGUAUUUAUUGUAUAGGACCUCCCGAGUGAACGGCAGGUUUGUGUUGAGUAGAAGGGUGGAGGUACAUCUAAAAAGUUGCCCCGUAUCGUAGCCUGCAACGGACGGAGCGUUCUCCUCUUCCAGCGUCGGCUCUCGGCUCGCCGUGACACCCGCGUGUGCAGCAGGAGCGCAGACUCCUCCCGUUGUUACUCUCGUUCGGGGCGAACCCUCUGUUAACUCCUAACCUUGUGUAACGGCAUGUAUUGUACUCAUGUAAAGCAUUGUUCUGCUGCGUAACUCCAAACUGCGACUUCCAUCUGCAUUCGGGAUAGCCGGGAUCUUAUUCUGGCAGGGUCUGUGCUCCUCGCGGCUUUGCUUAUCGGUGGCUCUAAGCAAUUGGAACCCCAGAGCCAGCCAAAAAGGCUGAUGUCAGAUCCCAGGAAUGCCGGUUUUAUAGCAAGAAGAAGGAGCCCUAGCGGUGAUUGCAGUCUCAGGUCCCAAAUUCAGAGCCUGGUUUCUCAGAGCAUGUUUCUAAAGCAGACAGAAGGUUUUGGUCUGUUCCAGUGUAGCGACGUUUCCCAUUGGUGCCUUUGUACUUUUGCUAGCUAAGCUAUUAAUAAACCUAUUCGUGCUCCUGGACAAUAGCAGAAGUGCCUGGUGGGAAGGAGGGGGAGGAUUGUUUGGGUUCUCACACUCCUUGCUAUGUAAUCUUCAAUUUGGGGUAAUGUGGCUACUGGAUUACAGACAGUGCAGGCAGCAUCGCUGCUUGGAUGAGAGAAGUUUGUGUUGUUUUAAUAAACGUUUGAAAACCGUGUUAAGGCACGCUGUUCUUGUGCCCGUCUGCUUGAGACGCUCUUGAUUUAAAACAUGCUGGUGUAAUGUGCCUCUCAGCAAAAAAAAAGAAAAAAAAAAAUGUGAUUGUGAGCAUGUAGAUCCUGCCAAACUAAAUAACUCGCUUUUUAGUGCAAACAAAUAAAAGUUUACAGACUCAAGAGGUAAGCAAGUUUCAUUAAAAGGAGCUAUGUUAUUGCAGUGGUCUUUUCCAACCUUAAUGAUUCUAUAAUAACGAUACCGAAGAGCGCACAGGGCUCUUUCUGGAUUUUGUAAGCCUUUUUGAAAAGCCAGUGUAUGAAACUAGCAACCACACAGCAACGAAAGAGAAGCUGCUUUUUGAGCGUUUGAGGUCUGAUCCUGCUGCCUCUACCCCCAUUCAGUUCUACGCUGGCCUGCAGACCAUCUGGCUGGCUGAGCCCCUCGGAGCUGGUGGGGGUCAGUGUAUGUCACCUGAGCAUCAAAGGCAUUGGGAGAUGUCUCACAGAGGUAUGCGCUUACAGGGCCUGGGGGCCAUCCCAUUUAUCUCAAAGGUAGGGAGACGUAGCAGUGCCCAAGCAGGAUAUUAUAGGGUGUCUGUGCGCCUUUAGACUCUUAGUGUCUUUGAAGAUCUGGAAACAUUGAAACAUUGCAUUGGUUGAGUUCAGUGGAACUACCCAGCGUUAUUUUCACGGAUGCUUUCAAGGGAGAAAGUGUGACAGGUUCUAGCUGUGAAAAAAAUUGUUUAUUUGUCAUACUUUCCUUGCCAUUAAGGCCGGAUAGAAAAACACGGGAGCACAGAGGGCCAUCACUAAAUCUAGUUUGCUCCCUACCACAACAAAGCAUAAAGCAUUUUGGGAUGGACCAGUGACUGCACAAUGAGGAAACGCUCUGACAGUUUCUGACGGCAUCUCCCCAUUCUCUCUGGAUCCUACCCUUUCAGAAGUACGUGCCAAAUUUGUCAUGCUUUUCCAUUUCUGCCCAGAUUCUUCUUAAAACCCUGCCCUAGCCAAACCCUUGCAAAAGAAAUCAUGUGUUUUAGUCUAUGCUUACUCUUUGAGGCUCUGCUUAUAAUGUGAAUUGUAAAGCAUCAGUAAAGAAGUCAUAGUGGCAAAUCAUGCCAUUUUUUUUUUUAGCCAGGAUGGCAUUCACAUAUUACUAGAAAAAUAGUAGUAGCGUAAAACGCAAUUUCUUCAAUACACUUUAAGCAGCUUGGCUGUUCUGUUUGCAAUAGCAAUCCCUUGGUCAAUCUCAAGCUAUUCCACAGUGUGCAGAAUACUGAGAGUGGUAAAUAUUUGCAGAGCGGUUACUUUCAAGGCAGGAGAUUACAUGAAGUACCUGGAGAUUUACAGAAUAACUCCGUCAGCUCUGCAAGCUGCCAUCUAACAAAGCCAAACUGUUGUUCUUUAAAAUCCAGGCUGAUGUUUCUUAGGACAAACAUGAAUAUAUUGACAGAUCUCCCUGUCAAUUUAUGUUUUGGCAAAAUGUAAAUAUUUUUUGUAUUUGAAAUUGAGACAACCAGAAUUUUACUCUUCUACAGAAGGCUUUGAAUGUUCUGUUUUAAGAAGAAAUGGCGUGAAUCCGAGUUUGGGCUGUGUGUAAAUUUACACGCUUAAUAAAAAGGGUGAAUUUUAUGUGGAUUUUGUGAAGCCAGUACAAAAGUAUUUCAAGAUAUUUAAAUGCAUUUCAGUUUGGUUAACGUCAGUUUGUCUUAUCUAAGCAAAAGUAAAUACGACUGUUCAUUAAAAGUGCAUCAGUUUUGGACCAGAGCUUGUGUAACUGACUGUCCUUUAGACAUCUGCAGUCUGAUAAGCUGUGCUGCAACAGGCCUGCAUGAACUGGCUGCACACUGAUAUCCAGCAGUUUAAAGUUUUACAUUUGAAAUAGAUCCUAAAAGCUAUUGUAAUCCACUUUGUAAUCCUAUCAGUUUUGCUGCUUUUGUGGUGUUUUGUUUGUUGUUUUUUAACCUGAUAAAAUUUAAUUCGUUAGAAGAGAUCCAUUGGUUUUAUGUGAUGUAUUUCAAAUAGUAAAGGCCUUCUUAUCACUGAAAACUCAUUCCAUAUUUUUACCUGGGGAGCCUUACAAGACCAGUUGUAGCAGCUAUUCUGACCCAACAGCUCCACCUGUUGUGUUUAUAGCAUCAAGUUUGGGCUUUUUAACUUUUUUUUACACUAGAACUGAAAUUGACUUGGUCUUUCUUAUAGAGUUCUGGACAUUUAGAAAUAUGUAUGAUUUUUCCUGAAUUUAUUGAAGUGACGAUGGUAUUGAAGAGCAGAUGAUGAUGCUUGCUGAAAAAAAUCAAGUAAUGCAAAUAGAACAGAGGGCAAGUUAUAGAGAGCUCACUUACGUAGAACUUCAGUUGUCUUUGACAUCCAGCCAGGGAUUCAGCUCAUUAAGAGUCAAAGCCAGUCAUUAAAAGACAAGAUUCUGCUCCUCUCCAGGCAGCUUACUUACGCAGUCACUGCUCAGUUGUAGCCAGUCUCCUGCCUACAGAUAUAUGCUGAGCUGAAGAAACUCAAAGUCUAACUGUGGAGCAAACCACUUUCUCACCUGAGCACCAAUAAAAGUAGGGAAAGAAAAGGCUUUGCUUGCGGAUGGCAGCAGCUGGAAACAACCAUAUCUGUGACAACUCAAUGGCUAGGAAUUCAGAGUGGUGCUAUAAACCAUGGCUAAGCUAAAACUUCAAACUUAAGUUUCCCAGGCUGACCUACCCAGGACCAUUCUGAGAAAGGGAGUAGGCAAGGGAUGAUUUCAAGACUCUCAAGGAUCCCAUGUGUGCCAGCCUGAAUGGCUGAAUAUUCUGCAAUUAAAUUGCUGCCCCUGUAUGCUGUCAUGUGCAUGGCUGCAGAGGACCCAGAUACCUUGGAAGCAAAAAAAUAUACUUGCUUCAGACAAAAGAAGCAACAGGCACAGCAUCAGCUCUGGUUAAAGUCUUGCCUUGAAAAAUCUAACUCUGGAUCCAGCUGGUUGCUGUUGGUGGUGUGGUUUAUUGAGAUGAGCUGCACGACACUUCAAAUGAUGCUCCCCUGUGCUUAUCACAGUCACUUUCGCUGCUGAUAAAGGAGUUCUCGGUUUUGUUUAGUGAAAUGUAUUUGCCAACUGUUACUCUUAAAAUAGUCCUGCAUGUGUGAAGGCUAUCCGACAUUUUUCUGUCUGCUAAGAUGUAUUUUUAUUUACAGCCAAAUGGGGAGUUCAGUCCCUCUUUGCUUUUUGGCUAGCCCAAAUUUGAAAAAAUUAUGGAUUUGUGUUUUGUUCCUGUAGUAUAUGAAACUGGCAAAAAUACUGACCUAACUCCAUGUCCUUAAUAAAAAAAAAGGCUUUUCCUAGAAUA